CCGGGCGCCCCUGACCGCGCUGCCCCCCCCAGGGCGCUGGCCACCUCCUUCGAGGGCAAGCACGGCAGCGUGCGCUACUGGGUGAAGGCCAAGCUGCACCGGCCCUGGGCUGUGGUCAAGGCGGUCAAGAAGGAGUUCACAGUCAUCGAGCCCAUCGACAUCAACACUCCUGCCCUGCUGGCUCCACAGGCCGGCGCGAAGGAGAAGCUGGCCCGGGCCUGGUACUGCAACCGCGGGCAGGUCUCGGUGACCGCCAAGAUCGACCGCAAGGGCUACACCCCAGGCGAGGUCAUCCCCAUCUUUGCUGAGAUCGACAACGGCACGUCCCGCGCGGUGGUGCCCAGAGCCGCCAUCAUCCAGACGCAGACCUUCGUUGCCCGUGGCAUCAAGAAGCAGAAGACAGUGGUGGUGGCCAGCAUGGCGGGCGACCCUGUGGCCGCGGGCAAGAGGGAUGUGUGGCACGGGCGUGCCCUGAAGAUCCCCCCCGUGGGCCCGUCCAUCCUGCAGUGCCGUGUCCUGCAAGUGGAGUACAGCCUCAAGGUGUGUGUGGAUAUCCCCGGCACUUCCAAACUGCUCCUGGAGCUGCCCCUGGUCAUCGGCACCAUCCCGCUGCACCCCUUCGGCAGCCGCACGUCCAGCAUCAGCAGCCAGUACAGCAUCAACCUGGACUGGCUCGGCGUGAUCCCUGAGCAGCUCGAGGCUCCCCCGGAGUAUUCGGCCGUAGUGUCCAGCGAAGACAGUGCCCUGAGCCUGUCCCUGCCCAGCCCCGCGGGGUUCGGCCCUGUCCUGGAAGGCCCCUUCUUCCCCUACAUCCAGGAGUUCCGGUACCGGCCGCCUCCGCUGUACUCCGAGGUGGAUCCCAACCCCGCCACCGAGGGCAUCCGGCCACGCUGCAUGACCUGCUGAAAGACGCGCUCGCACUGCUGCUGACUGCCACGAAAACCCUGUGGGGAUGAGAAGCUUGUGGGCUCCCCCGGCUUCUCCUGGAGCGGGAGAAGCACCCGAGAAGCGCUUGCGAGACGAGAGCGCCUGCAGCACCAAGAUCCUGCCCCUGCUCGCUGCUCUUGCAGCCACUCCUGAUGGGACAGGGCUGUCCCCUGGACUGACAUCGUGCUCUGGAGCUGGAGGGUGCUGGGCCUGGACUUGCCCUGCCUGGGGCAGGUGCUGUGUGCCUCCUAGGCAGAGGAGGGUGGAGAGUGGCAAAUACUUCUGUAAGGCUGUUGGGUUCUCCCGGGCAGUGUCUGGCUCCGUCGAGACAGUCUCGGCGCUGUCCUGCUCCAGCAGACUCCUGUGAUGGAAACCCAGCCCUGGAGGGAGUUCUCUGGAUCCCUGGAAGGAGCAUGGGCUGGUCAUGCCUGGGUGGCACAGGGGCAGCCUCUGCCUGCCGCUUUCUUAGGACUGCACGGGGCUCGGGGUUGGGGCUGUUCCUCAUGUCCCGCCGUGCAGGGCCCUGCUGUUCUGUGCCUGCGAGCCUUAAGCUGUGCUGGGGCUGCCUGCUACGGGGUCCGUGAACCGCAUUGGGGCUCUGCAUGGGUGGAGAUGCCUCUGAUGCCAGGAGGUGCAGGGGCCAGGAAGCUCUCUGGGGAACUC